AUGAGCCAACUACCAUCAAAGCAACCAAGUUUCUCGCCGAGCAUAUCUCCGAGCCGUUCACCUAGCGCAGCUCCGAGUGGAAGCAUGGUGCCGAGCAAGAGUCCUAGUAGACAACCAACUAACAAUCCGAGCAGCAGCCCCAGCAAACAACCAAGUCUUGCUCCAUCCAAAAGCCCAUCGAAUUCAAAUGCGCCUUCUUUCAGUAAACAACCAUCAUCAAAACCCAGCGAAAGCGCCCAACCUUCGGUCAGUCGAGUUCCCUCUCGGCAGCCUUCCUCGAAUCCGACAAAUGUCGCAUCGGGCAGUCCAACCAGUCUGCCAUCUCAGCAGCCGUCAUCGGCACCUUCUGCUAUUCCAUCAACAGGACCAACUUCCUUGCCAUCGCUAGAACCAUCGAAACAGCCUUCGGCAAUCCCAUCACAAAAACCGAGUUCCAUCCCUUCUCUAAAUCCGAGUAUUUUGCCCUCCAUAUCUGCGAAUCCCACUUCCUUUGCACCAACCAUAAGCAAGGAGCCUUCCAUGGUGCCUUCCAUUGUGCCAUCCAAGUCGCCAUCGACCGUUCCUUCCGAUAUUCCUUCCAUUAUACCAAGUUUUGCUCCGUCGCAAGUUCCUAGUACAGUGCCAUCUAGGUGGCCAUCUAUGGUUCCUUCGACGGAACCAUCCAUGGAACCUUCCUUUGAGCCGUCAAUUGAACCAACUAUUACACAGGAACCAUCUACUUAUCCAACCCCUUAUCCUUCGGCAAUCUUUUCUCUUCAACGAACUGCUACGGUUGCGAUUGAAAUUGGAAUCAACGGCUUGAACAAUUUGGAUAUUGUCUGCGAAGGCAUUGGGAAUUUUUUGAACAGCGGAAUUCAAGGUGUCUAUGGCAGUGACACGAUGUCUGCCAUUUCUUGCUCACAGCAAGGGCUAGGUCGACGUUCUCUCGUGGGCAAUGACAACAUUUUCAGGCCACCUGGAGGGGUUGGUGUUGUCGAAGAAGUGUUUGAUUAUGAAAAACCAGUCUUGAUCACAGUGGUCACCACAUUUGAUAAUUACAAGACGGCUCCACGACAAUUUGGAUAUGCCGACUUCUUGGAACAAUUGCUUGUAUCUGAUCGGGCACAGGAACAGCUCCCUCAGUAUAUCCAGAAUGCUGUGGGGGGACUAGUAUUUAUCGAGGGGGUUCAUGUAAGGCUGGUUUUUACACCAAAAAAGCCGAUAAUACUUUUGGGAUUUGGAGCGGACUCUCCAACUCCAAGUCCCACUUCGAAUGGUACUACUACACUUGACGUAACCGGGAAUGACAACAACAUUGGGGAAGAAGGAGGGGAUUCUCCUUCUGGGGUAAAGGGGAUACAGAGCUUAUGGCCAUUGGUAAUCUGUUUGAUUGCCCGGCGUAUGGUUACAGUGCUGUAA